AUGUCUUCACAAUCUGCUCUCAAAGUCCUCAUCAUCGGCGGCGGCAUUGGUGGCCCUGCGCUCGCGUAUUGGCUAGCGAAGCUGGGUCACGAUGUCACCGUCGUCGAAAGAAACCCGUCUCUGCGCGCCCAGGGCCAGCAGAUUGACAUCCGCGGUCAGGGCGUGUCCGUGAUCCGCCUGAUGGGCAUCGAGCCCGAGAUUCGCGCAAAAGGCGUCGACGAGGCAGGCCUUCGCUUCGUCGACCAGAACGGCAAGACGGUGGCCACCUUUGAGGCGAAUAAGUCUGGUACCGGCAAGCAGAGCUUCACAUCAGAAUUCGAAAUCAUGCGCGGGGACUUGGUUCGCCUUCUCUUCAAGAGCACAGAUGAGCUGGGCGUCAAGUACAUCUUUGACAACUCUAUUGCGUCGUUUGAACAAGAUGCCGACUCGGUCACAGUGAAACUGAGCAACGGUCACACCGACAAGUAUGAUCUGGUGGUGGGAGCCGACGGCCAAGGCUCGAAGACCCGGAGACUUAUGCUCAACGGAGAAAAAGACCCCUUUGUCCCGUUCAAGCUGCACUCGGCGCUGUUCACGGUGCCGAGGGAGAAGACCGACGACAAUUACGCGACGGUGUAUUUGGGUCUCGUGCCACAAGACAAGGAAACCGACAGGCUUCUUCAGGAGUCGCAGAAGAACCGCGACCUUGACAUGCAGAAGCGGCUAUGGAUUGAACUCUUCAAGGAUGCUGGCUGGCAGACGCCGCGAUUUAUCGACGGGCUUGAGGCGGGGGGUGUGUCUGACGACUUUUACAACUUCCAAAUCGGCCAAGUCAGGAUGGACAAGUGGUACAAGGGUCGCGUCGUACUCCUCGGCGACGCAGGCUAUGGGCCGAGUCCAUUGACUGGCAGCGGUACGACGUCGGCAUUUGUUGGCGCGUAUGUCAUGGCCGGUGAGAUUUCGAAGCACUGCACCGGCGAUUCCGCGAAAGCAGGAGUGCCCGCUGCUCUGGAGGCGUAUGACAAAACCCUGCGACCAUUCAUGAAGACCGUGCAGGAUAUUGCGUGGCGGCCGAACUUGCUGUACCCGAAGUCGGCGUUCGGAAUCAAAGUCCUCAAUACUGUUCUCUGGCUCGUCUGCACUCUCAAAAUCGACAAGCUGUUCCAGAGACUGCAGUCGGACGACGUCAAGGGGUGGGAGCUUCCUGACUAUCCUGCGUUGCCGGUGAAGGGAACCAAGAAGAAUGCGUGA